AUGACUACAGAAUCAGUAUGCUCACUUAACUUCGAAAUUACUUAUACCGACUCGCCGGAGUUUAACGUAUUACUUCUCCACACCAUAGGACUACUUUCAACUCCCAUUCAUAUUUUUGGUGGUUAUUGUAUUCUUUUCAAGACUCCAAAGGAAAUGAGUUCUGUCAAAUGGAGCUUGUUUAACUUACAAACAACUAGCUUUUUGCUCGAUUUAUUCUUAUCAGUAUUUGGAACUAUUCAAUUACUGAUCCCAUUAAUAGCUGUUUAUGGAAUAGGGAUCUUUACUAAACUUGGUAUGAGGAUCCCUGAAGUGGUAUACAUCUUGGAAACUAGUAUAGCAGUCGUCGGGUGCUCAAUUAUUGUUCUGUUGGAAAAUCGAUUCUACAUUCUCAUGAUUAAUAAAAAUAUGUGGACACGAUUUCGCAUUCCGUUUUUAACAUUUUAUUACAUAACCGCUUUUCUAUUUUUCUACCCGAUAUAUAUAACAAUGCCGCCUGGACCUGAACAUCGAAAAGACUUUAUUUUGAAGUCCAUCCCUUGCCUACACCCAGAUGUACGUGCAGCUCCUCUAUACCUGGUUGAAUUGGGUGGACUGAAAUUCGCAAUAUGCACGACCAGUGAAAGUUUAUUAAUAGUGUUUACACUUGGCACCAUGUUCCUUCUUAUCCUGAACUCUCUCAGAAACUAUGGUCAUACUCGAUCCAAGAAAACCGUCGACCUUCAGAAAAAGCUUAUCAGAGCAAUAUUUAUUCAGUUGGCUCUCCCAUUCUGUAUCAUAUGGGUUCCAAUAAUCUACUAUACGUUUAUCGGAUUUUUCAAUGCAGCUAUUAACAACUUUAUGUAUGUUUUAAUGGCAACUCAUGGGCUAGUUUCGACACUUGUUAUGCUGGUUGUACAAAAACCAUAUCGAGAGUUCAUUUCAAAAAGCUGUUCGUUGCAUAAAAAAAUUGGCAGCUUGGAAGGUUCCACCGGUGGAAAUGCGUUUAACUCUGUAAACAACGGAAUAGUCAUAAAUCGAAUGUUUUAA